AUGGCUCUCAAUUUGCUGUCUCCUGAUGUGAAGUCCAUUUCCUUCUUGGAUUCCACCAAAGCUUUCCAAUCCCACACCAUAUCCAAGCUUCCAGGUGGGUUCAAUUUGAAGAAAAAGGAGAGUGGUGGGAGAAAGAUCCAAUGUUCGGUUCAACAGUCGCAACCUUCUCCUUCAUCGGCUUGGCCUGGAACGGCUAUACCAGAACCAGACCGUAAGACUUGGGAUGGUCCCAAACCGAUCUCGAUUCUUGGUUCCACCGGUUCGAUUGGAACCCAGACAUUGGGUAUAGUAGCAGAACAUGCAGAUAAAUUCAAAGUCGUUGGGCUGGCGGCGGGUUCAAAUGUCACACUCCUUGCUGAUCAGGUGAGAAGAUUCAAACCCCAAUUGGUUUCUAUUAGAGAUGAGUCAUUAUUUGGCGAGUUGAAGGAGGCUUUGGCUGAUCUUGAAGAAAAACCUGAGAUCAUCUGUGGAGAGCAAGGAGCCGUCGAGGUUGCUCGCCACCCAGAUGCUGCUACCGUGGUCACAGGGAUAGUAGGAUGUGCUGGUCUCCAGCCUACAGUGGCAGCCAUAGAAGCAGGGAAAGAGAUAGCCUUGGCCAACAAGGAGACCUUAAUUGCUGGAGGCCCUUUCAUCGUCCCACUUGCUCACAAGCACAACGUCAAAAUCCUGCCUGCUGAUUCUGAGCAUUCUGCCAUCUUUCAGUGUAUUCAAGGCCUGCCAGAAGGUGCACUGCGGCGCAUUAUUCUGACAGCUUCUGGUGGUGCUUUCAGAGAUCUGCCUGUUGAGAAAUUGAAGGAUGUCAAAGUUGCUGAUGCGUUGAAGCAUCCUAACUAUAGUCUGGGGAAGAAGAUCACUGUUGAUUCUGCUACCCUCUUCAAUAAGGGACUUGAGGUGAUCGAAGGCCAUUACUUGUUCGGAGCUGAUUACGAUAACAUUGAGAUCGUGAUUCAUCCACAAUCGAUUAUACAUUCCCUUAUUGAAACACAGGAUUCAUCUGUUAUUGCUCAACUAGGGUGGCCUGAUAUGCGCAUCCCACUUCUCUACACUCUGUCCUGGCCUGAAAGGGUUUACUGCUCCGAAGUAACUUGGGAACGUCUCGACCUCUGCAAGAUUGGUACAAUGACAUUCAAAGCUCCAGACUAUGUGAAGUAUCCAUCCAUGGAUCUUUGUUAUGCAGCUGGACGAGCUGGUGGUACCAUGACAGGCGUCCUGAGUGCUGCUAAUGAGAAAGCUGUAGAGUUGUUCAUUGAUGAGAAAAUUAGCUAUCUGGAUAUCUUCAAGGUUGUGGAGUUGACAUGCGCGAAGCAUCGGGAGGAGUUGGUGGCAUCACCAUCUCUGGAUGAGAUCAUACAUUAUGACUUGUGGGCAAGAGAUUAUGCUGCUAGUCUGCAACAGUCUCCUACUUCAACUCCAGUUCUUGUGUGA